AUGGUGACGACUCCAUCGGAUGAAAAUAAUCCCGCAAGCUCAGCCGUUCAGGCGGCCAAUUUUGAUAUGCAGCUUCGUUGCGCCGUCACGGAACUUAAUCCAAAUUACGACUUCAUUACUGCCAAAUAUCCAGAACAGCAGCUGAGGGAGAUUCCGAGAAAUAAACUAAAAUUGAUACGACUACUUGGGCAAGGCGCCUUUGGAGAAGUGUACGAAGGGACAUUGAAAAACAUGUGUGCUAACGUCAGUGAGUUAUCAGUUGCAGUGAAAGACCAACAUUACUCCCUGAGUAUGAAGGAACUCGUCCAUCUUUCGUUAGACGUCGCUAACGGAUGUCGCCAUCUAGAAGAAAAACACUUCGUACACAGAGACAUAGCGGCAAGAAACUGCUUGUUAACAACACGUGGAGAAGGUCGUAUUGCAAAAAUAGCAGACUUCGGGAUGUCUAGAGAUAUCUACAGUGCCGACUACUAUCGAAAAAGUGGAAAGACAAUGCUUCCGAUAAAAUGGAUGCCUCCCGAGGCUUUUCUGGAUGGCGUUUUCACCACAAAAACUGAUGUUUGGUCAUUCGGUGUUUUGCUGUGGGAGAUGUUUACAUUGGGAUACAUGCCAUAUCCUGGGCAAACGAACAGUGAUGUCAUGCAUUUUGUAUCGUCUGGUGGCCGCCUGGAACCGCCAGAGAAAUGCCCAGCUCGACUGUUAGUAUUUGGCCUAUAUAUAGCUUAA